UCCAUCACUUUUCGAUCAAACAGUGCCAUUUGACAGCGUAUAUAGAAAACGGGCUUUUUUGUGUUUUUAAUUGCAUCACAAUACAAUUUUAAUACACACAUCAUUGUUGAUUUGUUGAACCGUUGCGCGUGUACUAUCUCUACUUACUUAUUUACGCAUCAAAGUUGGUUGUACUAUCUCCUUGGCUUGCCGGUUUGAAAUUCCAUCGAUUUCUUACACGCUCAAAACCUAUAGUUGGCAAUUCAAUUCAGUUGCUUUGCACUUUCGUGCUCUAUCAUCGUCCACUCUCCAGUUCCAGGUUCCAGUAAGUCAAUAAAUCAACAAUAAGUCCACUUAACUCACCACCUAUGGAGGACGUCGUCGAAGAGAUCGAUGACAAUGAUUUGGAGUUGAUAGACGAUCAAGAUGUAAUUGACCUAGAGCCCUAUCAGGUUGAAGAAGAGCCUGAAAAUGGAGACGAGGAAGGUGGUGAACAAAUGGCAGAUGAGGAAGAGGUUGUUGAAGUGAUGGAAAGGGAAGAUUCUGUCUGCAUUUUUGAAAAACACAUGGCUUCUGUAUUUUCCGGCUCUAUAAGUAAGGACUGUAAGUGCGCUGUGACAGGAGGUGAAGAUGACAAGGCCUACGUCUGGGACAUUAAAACUGGACAGAUUGUUUUGGAUUGCUUGGAUCACAAAGACAGCGUUAUUUACGCCGAAUUCAGUUUUGAUGAUCAGUACUUGGUCACCGGAGACAUGAGCGGCUUUGUUCAAGUACGAAAGAUGCCACAUCCCAAAGUGGUCUGGGAUUAUAACAUGGGUGAUGCCACGUGGUUUCUUUGGCAUCACAUGGCACAUGUGUUAUUGGCUGGAUCUGUAGAAGGUGAAAUAUACAUGUGGAAGAUCCCAGAUGGAGAUUGCAAGAUCAUCCAAGGGUUUGGUAAAAGAGCAGAGACUGGCUGUCUAUUCCCAGAUGGUAAACGGCUAGUAGUUGGAUAUGAAGAUGGUAUAAUUCGCGUGAUAGAUUUGAAAGCAAGCGCAAUCACAGCAACGAUUACAUCGAAUACCGGUCACUCUCUUGCCAUCACCUCUUUGGAUUGUCAUUUAGAUAAUAAUCUAAUAAUAUCAUCUGCUGUUGAUGGAAGAACGAUAAUUAGUUCGGCUAAUACUGGAAAAGUUAUAAAUAUACUGCAAAAUUUAGGCAGUGAAAGUAUGGAAGACGACGAGGAAGAAGCUGCUUGUGGCAAUAAAAAUACUCAGGGAAACUGGGUGGAGUCGGUUGCCUUCCUCAAGGAUGCAAAACAAAUUAUUGCGGCUACUGGAACUCUCAAUGGUGAAAUUUUCAUUUGGAAUGUCGCGAAAAAAACUUUGCGACAUAAAGUUGAUCAAGGAAGUGGAGUAGCAAAACUUGCCUGGAAAGAAAAUACGUCACUUUUAUUUUCAGCUGGUCUGGAUGGAAUAGUAAGGUGUUACGAUGGAAAAUCAGGAAAUUGUGUGCGAACUUUCUUAGGUCACACAGAGGAUAUUCUUGAUUUAUGUAUAUCCAAAGAUGGCAAGUUGAUUUUGACAACUUCUGAUGAUACCACUGCACGAGUUUUUGAAAUAGACGGUCUUUGAUCUUUUUUCCCUAGAAACUAAGAUUAUCCAAAACUAAUUCUGACAAAAGACGUAUUGUUUUUUAAUCAAUACUUUUAUUACUUGCAAUUACAUUGCUAUGUUGAAUGACAUGAUGCACGUUGAUUCUUUCACUCAAAACAGCUUACAACGUUUACAUUAAGUUUUUAAGUUUGUAGUAUUUAUUGUUUUUUUUUACCAAAAAUCAAGAUGUGUCUUUUUCUAUGCAGAUUGUUAGAGUAAAAGUAAGUUUUUUGACAAUUUUCACUGUUUUUCAUAAGUUUUUAGAUGAUAAAACUUAAGCCUACUUAAAGUUCAAAACAUUCCUGAAGUGAAACUCAAGGAAUUUAUAUCAAUGAUAAUAAUAAGACUUGAAUGCAGAAAAUGCAGGAAACUUGCAAUUGUUGUAGAUCUUUUUUAUUUGGUAUUGGUUACUACAUCAAUCAAACUAAUAUCAAGUAUUAUCUGUUGUAGUUUCUAGCUCUUGUUUCAAAUUCUAUGCUACAGUUUUCGAGGUGAAAAAUGUACAAAUUUAUACAUGUGGAUGCAUUUUUAAUGAUAUAGCCUACACUACACUGGUUGUAUGUUUAAAUAU